AUGACUGUGAAUGAGGAAGGAGAAUUUAAUGAUAAGAGUGAUGAUGACCUAGGAUGUUUAUCGAAUCCAGAGGAUGAGGGUGGCAACAUAAAGAAGCAUAAGUUAGUUGAGUUUGACCAGGAUAAAGAUAUGGAGAACCCCAGACUUAUGGAGGGUAUGGUUUUCCCUAAUGUGACUGCCUUCAAAGCUCUCUUCAAAGAGUUCCACAUUAGGGAAGGGUGUGAAUACACCUACUUGAAGAAUGAAAGUACAAGAGUCACUAUCAUUUGCAAAGAGAAAUGUGGUUUUAGGUUACAUGCAUCACCAAUGCUUGGUGAGAAGUCAUUCCAGAUUAAGAAUAUCAGAGCUGACCAUUGUUGUACCAGAAAAUACAUCAACAAGUAUGCAACAUCUAAGUGGAUAGCUGGUAAGUACAUGGAGGUGUUGACAGAUGAACCAGAUAAAAAUGUGAAAACGCUAAAAAAUGAUGUUAAGAGGGAUUGGAUGUUGCAUGUGUCAAGGAAGAAGAUUUUGAUCAACAAAAACCCAGGAUCAACUGCACUUCUUAAGGUGAAAAGGAUAAACUCAACUGUGUUUUUCCAAAGAUUGUUCAUAUGCUUUGAUGCUCAGGCAAAGGGAUUUCUUACUGGCUGCAGACCUUUCAUAGGUUUAGAUGCAUGCUUCCUUAAAGGGCAUUAUGGUGGACAACUUAUGGCUGCAGUGGGGAGAGAUGCCAAUAACCAAAUGUACACUCUGUGUAUUGCCAUUGUUGAAAAAUUUAUUGGUUUAGUUGAAUCAUUCAAAAGACUCAUGCCUAAUGUGGAGCAAAAAUUUUAUCUAAGGCAUAUGUAUGCCAAUUAUAACAAGACCUACAAAGGGAAAGAGUACAAAGAUUUGUUUUGGGGAGCAGCCUCUGCUUACACAGUUUCAGAGCUCAAUAAACAAAUGGCAGACAUGAAGAGGGUAGAUAAAAAGGCAUAUGAGUGGAUGCUGAGUGAGGAAAAAUAG